GCUGUGUUCAGCCGGCCACUCGCGCCAGCCUGCUACGAGGGGGCGAAUCCGAGGGGCGGGCCGAAGAAUGAGGGCGGGGCGCGAUUGUUGGUGCCCGAACUCCUUGGGACCGGAAGCCUUGCCCUGAACCGCUGGAGAGAGCAGGGGCUGAGACCCUCGCUAGGUACAGGCCCAGAGUGGGCGCGCGGGGGUCGGAGUGCAGGCGCGAGUUCCUCUCUGGGAAGGGCGGCAGGCCCCGGCGGUACGUCCUGGAGUGUAAUAAGCAAUCAUGAGACUGUGGAUGAUUUAGUUCAGCAAAAUUUCCAGUUGGGAACCUGCAUCCUUCAGACUCAGAUCCCAAAUGGCGCAGUGGGAGAUGCUACAGAAUCUCGACAACCCUUUUCAGGAUCAGCUACACCAGCUCUACUCAAAUAGCCUCCUGCCAAUGGACAUUCGACAAUGCUUAGCUGUCUGGAUUGAAGACCAAAACUGGCAGGAUGCUGCAUUUGGCAGUGAUGAUUCCAAGGCUAACAUGCUGUUCUUCCAUUUCUUGGACCAACUGAAUUAUGAGUGUGGCCGCUGCAGCCAGAACACUGAGUGCUUGUUACUACGGCACAACUUGAGAAAAUUCUAUCGGGACAUUCAGGCCUUUCCCCAGGGCCCUACCCAGUUGUCUGAGAUGAUCUUUAAUCUCCUUCUGGAAGAAAAAAGAAUUCUGAUCCAGGCUCAGAGGGCUCAAUCGGAACAGGAAGAGCCAGCCCUCGAAGCACCUGCAGAGAGCCAGCAGCAUGAGAUUGAAUCCAGGAUCCUGGAAUUAACAGUUAUGAUGGAGAAGCUGGUGAAAUGCAUCUGCCAGCUGAAAGACCAGCAGGAUGUCUUCUGCUUCCGAUAUAAGAUCCAGGCCCAAGUGAAGACACCCUGUUUGGACCCCCAUCAGACCAGGCAGCAGCAGCUUCUGCAGGAAACUCUUAAUGAACUGGACAAAAGGAGAAAGGAGGUACUGGAUGCCAUCAAAGCAUUGCUAGGCCGAUUAACUACCCUCGUUGAGCUACUGCUGCCCAGGUUGGAGGAAUGGAAAAUCCAGCAGCAGAAAGCCUGCAUUGGAGCCCCUCUGAAUGGAGGAUUGGAACAACUAGAGAAGUGGUUCACAGCUGGAGCAAAGCUGUUGUUUCACCUGUGGCAGCUGCUGAAGGAGCUGGAGGGAUUGAGGCACCUGGUUAGCUAUCAGGAUGAUCCUCUGACCAAAGGGGUGGACUUGCGAAAGGCCCAGGUCACGGAGUUGCUACAGCGCCUGCUGCACAGAGCCUUUGUGGUAGAAACCCAGCCCUGCAUGCCCCAAACUCCCCAUCGACCCCUUAUCCUCAAGACAGGGAGCAAGUUCACUGUCCAAACAAGAUUGCUGGUAAGACUCCAGGAAGGCAACGAGUUACUGACUGCAGAAGUCUCCAUUGACAGGAAUCCUCCUCAAUCACAAGGCUUCCGGAAGUUCAACAUUAUGACCUCAAACCAGAAAACUUUGACCCCCGAGAAGGGGCAGAGUCAGGGCUUGAUUUGGGACUUCGGCUACCUGACUCUCUCGGAGCAACGUUCAGGUGGUUCAGGAAAGAGCUGCAAUAAGGGAAUGCUGGGUGUGACAGAGGAACUACACAUUAUCAGCAUUACAGUCAAAUACGCCUACCAGGGUCUGAAGCAGGAGCUGACAACAGACACCCUCCCUGUGGUGAUUAUUUCUAACAUGAACCAACUCUCAAUUGCCUGGGCCUCUGUUCUUUGGUUCAAUCUGCUUAGCUCAAACCCACAGAAUCAGCAGUUCUUCUCCAGCCCCCCCAAGGCCUCCUGGAGCUUGCUGGGCCCUGCUCUCAGUUGGCAGUUCUCUUCCUAUGUUGGCCGAGGCCUUGACUCGGACCAGCUGAACAUGCUGAGGAACAAGCUGUUUGGGCAGAACUCCAGGACUGAGGGUGCAUGGUUAUCCUGGGCUGACUUCACUAAGCGAGAGAGCCCUCCUGGCAAGCUACCAUUCUGGACAUGGUUAGACAAAAUCUUGGAGCUGGUUCAUGACCACCUGAAGGAUCUCUGGAAUGAUGGACACAUCAUGGGCUUUGUGAGCCGGAGCCAGGAACGCCGGCUGCUGAAGAAGACCAUCUCAGGCACCUUUCUGCUGCGCUUCAGUGAAACAUCAGAAGGGGGCAUUACCUGCUCCUGGGUGGAACACCAGGAUGAUGAUAAGGUGCUCAUCUACUCUGUGCAGCCCUUCACCAAGGAAGUGCUACAGUCUCUCCCACUAACCAAAAUCAUUCGCGACUACCAGCUACUCACUGAGGAGAACAUACCCGAGAACCCACUGCGCUUCCUCUACCCCCGAAUACCCCGGGAUGAAGCUUUUGGGUGUUACUACCAGGAGAAAGUUAAUCUCCAAGAACGGAGGAAGUACCUGAAACAUAGGCUCAUUGUGGUCUCUAACAGACAGGUGGAUGAGCUGCAACAGCCACUGGAGCUGAAACUGGAGCCAGAAGUGGAGUCACUGGAGCUAGAGCCAGGAUUGGCCCCAGUGCCACAGCUAGAGCCAUGCCUGGAGUUAGAGCCGCUGCUGGCAGCAGGGCUGGAUCUGGGUCCAACCCUGGAGCCCAUGCCAGAGUCUACUCUGGAGCCCAUGCUAGAGCCCACACUAGAUGUGGUAUCACAAAGAGUGUCAGAGCCAAACUUGGGACCAGAACUGAAGCUGGAGCCUAUUCCAGACCCUGUAUCACAGGCAGUGACAGAGCCAGAGCCGGAUUUGCCCCAUGAUCUGAGACACUUGAACACCGAGGAAAUGGAAAUUUUCAGGAACAGUAUGAAGAUCGAAGAAAUCAUGCCAAAUGGUGACCCGCUGUUGGCUGGCCAGAACACUGUGGAUGAGGCUUACGUCUUCCACCCCAGCCAUUUCUACACGGAUGGGCCCUUAAUUCCUUCUGACUACUAGGAAUUACAUUUCCUCUGUUCUUCCUGUAUCUUUUGUCCCUCCUACCCCUCACAUCAUGCUGUGCUCUCCAAGGAUGGAAAAUCAAGCAUGUACCCGUUCUUAGCUGGUUAAGUUAACCCUGGGUUUUGGAGUGGGAAGUAAAAGCAUACUGUGGGUAAGGAAGGGGCACUAAUGAGUCAGAAUAGAUGUUGGCCAUAGCUCUAACUAGGAUCUUUGAGGCCAUCUGCUGUUUUGGGAGGUAUAGGGGUUCUGAGGGUAGGGCAGGACAUUUAGGAGGUACUUGGAGGGCAAGACACUUGGAAUGGCUGCUUUCCAGUAUGGAAGGAUGUCAACAUUUGAAUAGUUGGUAAGACUAAUGUGGUGGUGCCCACUAGCAUUGGCCAUCAGUAGGGAACAGAGACAGGUGAUAGGAUUCCAUUUCUCUCUUCUGGUUUCCUCAUGUCUAAAAUAACCUUUUCCUUCCUUCUUCCUUUCAUUCCUGAUUUAAGUCCUAAAUUCCUUUGUUUCCUGCAGAGACUGAGACCUUUCUGCAUUAGCCCACCAUGUGAAGAAAGGAAUAGGAGGUAGACCUCAUUUUCUUACCGGUCUCCUCUCCUGUACCCCCAAGCUGCCCCACCCGUUCCUCCCCUUAAAAUGAUCCUGCCAAUCUAAUACGCCUGUGAAGCUUUGCACAAUCAUUUUACUCUGUCCGGUCUCCACUUCCUCACUGCUUAGGAGACAAAUCACUUUUGGAGGCCAGGGAUGGUAGAGUUGCUGGGAAUUUAGGAAUCACUUUUUAUAGUGUUACAUAGAGUCUGGUAUUUUUACAGAGGAAGAGAUGCCCUGGAUAUUUAGAUAUUUAGAAAUAUCUUAGAUAUUUCUCUAUUAAGAUAACCAUCCCUUCUUUUUGUACAAUAUAUUGUUGAUCUGAGAGUUUCUAUUCCUUGGGUGUAGACCUGGGCAAAAACUGGGUUCCUGGGACUUAGAACCUUGAAUAUUUAUCACGGGGCUCCAGACAACCUCACGCCAUAGUUAUUCUCAGGGAACCCCAUUGCUCUAAAAUGUGUUUCCAGAAUAACUUGAGAUGUAAUGAAAGUGAGGCCCUGUACAUGUAGCUGUUUUCUGGCUUAUAUUUUAGAGGAAUAGUCUUGUUUAGAAAGAGGCCCUUCUGAGCAGAAGUGGCUAAUAAACUUUGUGCUGACUUGGAA